AUGGGAUGCUCCACCAGUUCACAAACUUCUGCGGUGGAAACGACCCGACCGAGUGCUAAACCUGAGGAAAGCAACGGAGCCAGCACAACAGGUGAAGCACCAAACAUUUCACUAGUCGGAAAACAUAGUGACAGGUAGCAUUCAUUGCGAGGAUAUUCAAGUAAAUAAUGAAAAAUAUCAUGGACAGUUGUCAACAUUAUACUGGAAGCUAUUAUUCUCUAUCAAAUAUUAAAAUUUCUACACUGUAGCUUCAUGUCAAGUACAAAAAUGUGUCCGUUUUAAAGCUGAAUUAUGAUCUAUGCAUGAAAUGUCAAGCACUGAAAAAGGUUUUACUUGAUGUUUUUUCAUAGCUAAAUAAUAUCUGUACAUUUUUAUGAUGAUUACAUUCAAUUUUUGUAUUCUCCAAUGUAUAAAUAAUUUACACAUAGCCUAUUAGUCUUGAAAAGUUUUGUGACCAGUGUUUGGAAAUGUCUCUGCCACCUCAAACAGAAAUUACACUGUCACUGUAAUGAUACUGUUGUCAGCUGUGGGAUGAUAAAUGCUCCCAGUCUACAUGCAAAUGAUCAAUGUGUCUAUCUGGCGACAGUAUCUGGUGUCUUCGGUUCUACGGAGCCAGAGCUCCACAGUGACAAGAUGGGAAAGUUUAUUGUGAUUAUUUAACAGUGGUCUAUGGCACUGUCCUCUCGGAGAAAGACCAAAGCAGAUUUGGUGACAGUCUACAGUUUCAGUAGGAAACUGAGAAGCCACUUUGGACACUCCUUUAUAGUAGCGGGACAGAGAUGGCCCGGCCGUGGUGCUCAGUAACACGCAUUUCAAGAUAAAACACCAACACUGGGUACUUUGUGUGUAUUUGGACUAGUUCAGAUCAUAGGCUAAUAUACAUUUGUGCGAUUUACCUUUAGAAGCUGUCAAUGUUUAUGUUUUCCUAACCCGUGUGCUGAACAAAUAUAAUGAACAAGACUUUGUUUGCAUUUCUGCCAGCUCAAGCAUAAGUCGACAGAACUCCGACAAUAAGAAUGUGAAUAACUGGUCAAAGAUUUACUUGGCUGGACCCCCUCUGAGCAAGAGGCUCUUACUCUCAUUUUCACCUUUCAAAGAAAUAUCAAGGGCCUGUUUGUACAAUUGACACACAUAAAUUAACAUAGGAAAGAUAAAGUGAAGAAAGGAACAGGCCACAACCCUGGUAAAGUGUGUAAAAGUUGUUACUCCACAGCUGACACUGACCUCUGACCUCUCUGUAAAGGCAAAAAGGAAAAAGAGAGUUUCUCCCUGUGGUUUAACGUAAAAAAUCUCACUUUUAUCAAAUAAUCAUGGCUUAGUUUCAGCCUUUGCUUGUAAGUCACUCUUCAGGUUUAUCAACUAAGAGGCACUCAAACACAAGGAGUUCCUGUGACAGUCUCAGAGGUCAGAUGGAAAUUUCUCAGGAUCUACUUUUUUAUUUUUUGCAUACGCCUCAUUUGCUCAUGCAGAAGAGGGCUGACAUUGUUCAGUGAAGUAUGACUCCUGUUAACUCAAGGAUUGCACCUGUUCACCUAAAGUUCACCCUGAAAAUAUGAUGAUUUAAAAGCAUUAUUAGUGUCACCUUAAAGUUUGCAUCUCUGCUGACAGAUGGGACGUACAGAUUUAUUAUUAUUAGUGUAGAAUUUGAAGUUUCUGUUUUUACUGAGUCAUACAUAUAUUUAUGUGCCCAGCUCACAUGAGCUGACAUGCAUGUAAACAGCUUAGGUCCAGAACACACAGUGGCCUUAUCUAGGUCAUAAAACAAAAUAAGUUCUUUAAACAAACCACACAAAUUGAAGACACUUAGUUUUAAUCUCUUACAGGCUUUUGAGACAAAAUUUGCAUGUUGAAACACAUCAAACUUAAACAGCCGUUCCAGCUUUUGCCUUUUAGAUCACCACAAGGAAACAGGGACUCAGUUUCCACCUCAUCCAAAUCGCAACUCUCAAAGUCUGUUUUCCUGUGGAAUAUUUUUGAGUCGACCAACUUCAGCGACCAAAAGACACAUACCAGAUCUCAACUGCACGACUCAGGACCUUUGGCUUCUUGGACAACAAGAUAUGACACUUAGUUCAGAGAUGAAAUUAAGUUUGAUCUGCACAUACGUCCUUAGUUUGGGUUUGGAUAGAUCAUUUUCAAACCAUUAUCUUUUAAAUAGUAGAAUAAUAUUCUUAAGUCAUGCAAAAUGUUUCUGGUUUUUGUAAAUAUCUUGUUUAUAUAACCCAAGAGGUCAACCUUCAGGACUUCUCUGAUCCGUGUUUUACAGCACUUUGCAAUGCAAAUCCCUUAUUUUAAAAAAGGCUACAAGGUAAUGAUACACAGUGUUCCUGAAAGAACAGUCACCUGUUUAUAGAGCUGAGAAGUGCGGUGCUGAUUUAUAACAAUGAGCAUUAUCAGGAACCUCUUAUGUGUCCUUCAUGCAUCAGUGAAGGACACAGCUUUCUUAUUUAAAUGAUAAUAAAUAUCAGAGCAUCUGUUCAUUCCUGCUCUUUUCUCCUCUGAUGUAUUUGUCACUUUGACACAAGUAACAUCUGCAGGACUUGAACAACCUGCAAAUAAGGUCUGUAGGAUAUCAAAAGGUGACUGUGUGACAGAGUUGUUUUCAGUGUUGCAUGGCACCCAGGUGACAUUUGUUACUGGUUAACCUGCUGGUUUUGGAUUGAGUGAACUCUGUAGUCAUCACACAGGCAACACAAACAUAGAGGAAAUCCAAACAAUGGAAACCAAGGAGCUCAAAACGGACACCCCAAAAGUGUUUGAUAUUUAAGCAAAAUCUGAGAGUGUGUUUGUGAUAGUUUCAUAGGUUUUUUGUUUUCUGCUAACAUAUGAUUAAAAUAAAUGGUCUUCUUUGAGAUAUGACAUGAACAACUUUGAGAGAGAUAAGUAUUUACUUAAAGUACCCACCAAAAACCACUGUCUUUACAUAAAAAAAUAAAUGCAGUAAAGGAUAUAAACUCUUAUCUUGUAGCUUGCAGAAAUACAACCAUAUGUUUCCUAGAUUCAGAUGAUUUUGAAUAUGUAAGACAUACAGAUAAAAUAAAUAUCAUCAUUAAAUGCUUAAAAGUGCUUUACAGUCUGAAGUUGCUGUAUUAGUCAUGAACAUAAGUGAACUCUUGUAUUAAAUCACUAAAGAAAAGACAAGGCUGAGGGAUUAAUUGUUUUGAUGGAUUUAACUGCUGUGUUAGAGAAACAUAAGGAUUCAGAUUAUUUGUAAUCUUUGUUGACUUACUUUUCAGACUCUUUUAUUAAGAUGUGUUGGAUGGUAAUAUUCUCUGCUCUGCUUGUGUUUCUGACAGGGGCAGCCAAUGAAAAUGGCCAGGUAGCUGAAGACAGUGAAACCAUCCCUGACCAGACAGCUGCAGAGGGCGGCGAUGUAAAACCUGUAGAAGAACCUGCUGCAGCUGCAACAUCUGUAGAAAACACUGCAGCACCUCCACCUGCAGGGGAGGAGCCCCCGCCUGCAGAAACGGCAGCAGCGCCCGCAGAAACAGCGGCCGCAGAAGCACCUGCAGAAACAGCAGCGACCGAGGAAGCUCCUGCGGCGGCGCCUGAAGAAGCUUCUGCUGAAGCUCCAGCAGCAGCUGAGACAGCAGCCAGCUCCUCGGAGCCUGCAGCUGCUGCUCCUGAGCAAGGUAAGCCAGUGUGGAAAACAACACUACAACAGGUUGAUGAUCAUGGUUUGAUUUUUGUGAAGAGAAAAAGAAAAGUCUACCGCUUCUCAUUAUUCUUUGAACACAAGCUCCUUUCUAAAAAAACUUUGACCAACCUGCACAACAAUUAGCUGUGACUCACAAGGAUCUCAGCAUGUUCUUUUCCACCCUGUCAACACAAAGGCUACCUGGAAAUUUUCUGAGGCAGACUGAGGCAUAAACUGAAGUGCUAAGUUUUCAAGAAUGAAUCUAGAUCCAUGAAAUAUGAAUCUGCUUCUUUGAAUAUGGAGAAUUCAUUUACUAUCAUUGACGAAACUGGCCAUAAGAAGAGGAAGAAGAACUUUAUUGAUCCCCAAGCUGUACAGUAGGUCAGAAAAAAUAUUUGUAAAUCAUAAUUUUCUUUUAGAGAGAAGGGAAUUUAACUGUGAUAAUGUAUACAGCUGUGUACAGUUGUAUUUAAUAAACAUCGAGGCACAAAAUGUUCCUCCUGCUCCUCCCCAGUCACACUGCAAUGACAGUAACCAGGCAAUAUCCAACAACACACACACACACGAAGGGUGGCAACAGGAAGGUAUCACAAAAACUCUAGUUAGCAUUUGAGAAUCUUUUACAGCACCACCAAGUUAGGUUAUUAGUUAUCAUUCAUAAACUACUUGAUCUAUACUGUUUGCGGUCAAGUUUGGACCCACAUAAGAGGGUUUUCAGUGUGCACGACACUGUACAAGUGUACAAAGUUUGAAACGGGGUUGGAGAAUUUUAUUUUUUUGAUUAUUGUUUGUUGAGUUGUUGUUAUCGUUACCUUUUUUAAAGUUGUCUGGUAGCGUUUGAAAUGGUCAAACACCAUUUCGCAGUACAGUUUGUUUAGCUCAGGCAGCUCGGCUCAAAGGAGUAAUUACUCACUGAACAAACAAUGCCAUCAGGAUAUUGGAAAGGUUAAAACACGACAGGUUGAAACUGCCACGAGACUUGUAUGCACAUCUAUUUUGAUUGGCAUGUAGGUAAGGAGUAGAAGGACCUGCAACCUCUUAGCAAACAUGAUAGAAAUAUUUCUCUGUAUGGUUAUGAGCCACACAAAGCUGCUAUGAAGCGUCAUGUUUAUUAUCUUUUCUCUUAUUGCUGUAUGAUGUAACUAUGCAAAUAACACAGGCGGCCAUCAGCUUCAUGAGCUCUGCUCCUAAUUUUCGUUUUAGUGUAAUGCAAACUACGUCAUUUGUUUUUUUCUAAAAUAUACCCUUAUUAUUGUGUAUUUCUCUUGCAGCUUUCUUUGAUUAUAACUCAUUUAAGCAGCCAUCCUGCUUCAUAUGCCCCAAAAAACUUGUAUCUAAAGAUUGGCAUCAAUUUUUGUAGUUGAUUUCAGUCCCCUGAUGUAUCAUAGUGGGUUCACCCUCAAGCUUGAGCACUCUGUAAGUUCUGUGUAGGUGUACACUUUGUUGUCAUCGUGGUCUCAUUAAGGUGCAAUCCGAGUCCAGAGAGAAUCUAGAGCACACACACACAAACACACACACACACCUACGUUCACAUUAACAGGGCUUCUACUGACCAUGUCAGGCCCACAAAGCCUCCCUGCCUCUGUUUCACAGCCAAAGAGAGAGAGAAGGAGGGAUCAGGUGACACAUUAGCAGGAUGGACACAACAGCAGAGCCAUUUCUGGGUCUAUCAGAGUUUGGGGUUCAGAUCAGUUUGGUCAGAAUAAACUGCAACUAAAAUUAUGUGAUAGAAAAGUUGCAAGAAAACGUGAUGUAAUAUGCAAACAUGCAAACACAUUUCUAAAAGAAGUUGUUUUCCUCAGUUGUUUUAAAGGGCCAGUUCACUCAAAUCACAAAUAAAUGUCUAAUUUAUUUACAUCUAGUUGCUUAUUCCUUUUGGAUGAGAUUUGAAAACUUGGCUGGUAGCUGGAGAGAUGCUGGUUCACAUUUUGGGUAUUGCAGGAGCGCCCUUGAGCAUGGCACACAACCCUCAACUCUGUGCAAGUCCAUCCCUACAACUCUAAAUGAACUCAAAGUCCAUAGGAUCCUGUGUUUAGUUAACAGUUGGUAAUAUAUGGAUUCAUUAUCAUAGAGAGAUUUUCAAGUCUCCCAAUCACUCAAAGCCCUACUGGUCACAUUCAUGCCACAUCCAUACACCUCAGAGGCUCUACAUGUGUGCACCUGCUCAACUAACUGAGUAGAAAUGACGCUCCAACAGAGUUUUGAUGAGUUACAAAGAUGCUGCAGUUUACUGGUUUAUACAGAGACCAUCCUGUGGUUACAUGCCAUUAUGUGUUGAUCCCCUUCCUCUGCAGAGUUCCCCACUUGAUCUGAAGCUUUUAAUCUGAUCAUUUGUCUUUUCUCAAACAGACAAAGCAGAGGCUGCAGCGCCAGAUCCAGAACCCAAAACAGAGGAGGCACCAGGUGAGUGAUUCUGUCAUAUUUAGAUGAUCUAACACAAUCCAUAUUCAAUCCUCUCUGAGCCAUCUUAACAAAUGCCUUUUCUUCUUCCAGCUCCCAGUGAGUGA